UGGCGGAAGCAGUACCAAAGAAUAUGUAAAUAGUAAUAAGUUUUUUGGUUGGUAGACAUGUAAAAUUUGUUUAAUAUUCUUUAUGUGAUUUUGUGAAUAUUUGUUGAAAUUAUUUACGUCUGAUGUGAAUUAGAAUCGUAAUAGAUUAGAAAAAUAGAAACUAAGAAAACUGAUACAGUGAUUUAUGCAAUGAAUAAUGUUAAUCAUGGAUUUAUUGCUGUCCACGUUGGUGCAGGACAGCAUUCUGAUUCUACUAAAGACAAAUAUCAAAAGUUAUGUCGGGAUGCUUGUAAAAUAGGUAUCGAAAAUAUUAAAUCUGGUGGUAGUGCCCUAGAUGCAGUGGUCGAUGCUACAAUUGUGUUAGAAGAUUCACCUCUGACAAAUGCUGGAUUUGGUUCUAACCUUACAGUUAAUGGAACGGUAGAAUGUGAUGCCAGUGUAAUGGACGGUACUAAUUUGCAGUUUGGUGCAAUAGGUGCGGUUAGUGGUAUAAAAAAUCCGGUCUUUCUUGCUAAGCGUUUAUGCGAACAACAGUCAAAAAAAAUUGGAUAUGGAAGAAUUCCACCGAGCUUUUUGGUCGGACAUGGAGCGCAUACAUGGGCACAAGAAAUGGGUAUACAAAUAUUAUCUCCUGACCAAUUAAUAUCAAAGAAAGCAGAAAAAAUAUACAAGCAUUAUAAAAGACAAGUAGAAAAUAGUGAUAAUGAAGUUCAUAAGUAUGCUAAAAGACGAAUGGAUACAGUUGGGGCAAUAUGUGUAGAUAAAAAUGGGAAUAUAGCAUCGGCUUGUUCUAGCGGUGGUAUUAUUUUAAAAUACCCAGGAAGAGUGGGUCAAGCUGGAGUAUGGGGAUGUGGUACUUGGGCGUGUAAGGAUAAGUAUUCAGUCGGUACAAGUACAUCAGGUUGCGGGGAACAUCUCAUUCGUACUACGCUUGCUAGAUCAAUAGCAGAAGCAAUUGUAAAUACAUCCUGUCCAACAACUAGCUUGCAUCAAGCUAUGAAAAUUAAUUUUAUAGAAUCUAGAUUCUUAAAUGGAAUCGAAAAGAAAUUAGGUGGAGUUAUUGCAAUUCGUUAUUCACCUCAGGAAAAACUCGGAGAUUUUCUUUGGAGUUAUUCUACCAAUUCAAUGAUCAUAGGCUAUAUGAAUUCUAAUGAACGAACAUCAAUAAGUCAUAUGUCAGUUUUACCUACAAUUGAAGUUGGAAAAAAGGCUGUGGUCGAAGGGGUCUGUUUUCGAAUGUAAACAAUUGAAAUUGAAAUUAAAACAUAAGGAUACAACAUAAAACUUUUAUCAAAUCAGGGAAACAAAUGAAAAGAACAAUUAUUAGUUAUCAACUUAUUAUAUUAUUCAAUAAAAUUUGUAUUUUUAUUUGAAAAUACAUUUUGUAUAGCAUUUAUUAAUUAAUUAAUUUGUUUAUGUGUAAAGCAUGUGAUUAAAGUAAGAUAUGGUGCUGUUAUUUAUCGGCUGGAAGUAAACUAAAGGACUGCUCUCGGAAAUUCUUAUUGCCUAUAGCCAUAGCAGAGUUCAAGAUGGCCGAAACUGACAUUAGUGGUAAUUAGUCUCUUAUUAAAAUACUAUUGCAAAUACUGUCAGACAAAUUAGCUGCGCUUCAUUCGAUUCAAAUUUAAUUUUCUUUUAUUAUUUAUUAUGUGUGAUCGUGCUAAAUUAUAAAUAAUAUCCUUUUUAUGUUCAAUUAAUUUUUAAACUGGUAUUUUUGGGUAAUUAUUUAGAAGUGUUUUAUUUAUUUAACUCUUCCAUUACUAGCGGCUCGUA